GACACGACAUCAUCAUCAUGUAAAUCCUAUGUAUUUGCGAUAAGAAGUAUACCGUUGCAUUUUCUCUGAGAGUUCAUUCCAAACAGUUUUAGGUGCUGUCAAAGAGUGCAAGUGAAAUUAACUGACAUUUUGAAGGAUGGAAAAGCUCGCAUGCUUUUACAGUAAUCUUAUUGAUAAUUCUGAUGAUAACAGAAAUGGAGGAGAAUUACAGACGUCUCUGUAUGACGACAGGAUGACCGUAGCACUAAGAAAUAACUAUGGCCCACUUCAUUUCCAUCAAGUGCAUGGUGAAAAUAUUAAAUUAUUGAGAAAAGGAGCAGUUGCAUAUAGGUCCGUAGGAUUUUGCAAAGCCAUAACUUUCAGUAAUCGUCCUAUAAUGGUUGGUGAGCCAAUUUAUAUUAAAUUUCUAGAAAUAUCUACAAACUGGAGUGGAGCUUUAAGAAUGGGAUUCACAGUGAACGAUCCCAUGAUCAUGAAAUCACAACUUCCGAGGUAUUCAUGCCCAGAUCUAACUUCUAUACAGGGUAACUGGGCCAAAGCUGUACCUGAAAGAAUGGCUUUAAAAGAUUCAAAACUUUAUUAUUAUGUAGACCAGAAUGGUGAUGUCCAUUAUGGCCUUAAUGAUGUUGAACAUGGUGUAUUUUUUGGUGGAGUUAAUACUUCAGGCAAAUUAUGGGCUAUGCUUGAUAUAUAUGGAAAUACGGUAGCUGUUGAGUUUGUGAGUAUUUUUCAUAUUGCAAGAGCAGGUUCACAAUUCCCUCUUCAAAGAGUGGAUGUAUAUCCUUGUAAAGAUAUCCUUGUAAGAGAGUAUAUCCUUGUGGAUGGCGCAGCUUGCCCUAAAUUGGACCUUGUGCCAAUAAACCUCACCAUACCAUACCAUACCCUUUUCAAAGAAUAUUAA